UUCAGAUAUAUUUUUUCUGUAAGGGGUUGAGAAUGGAAGAAGCUGCAGGGAAUGCUGUUUUAGAAGUUGGAAAGUGCUUAGCUGCUCCUAUAGGGCGUCAAUUUAUGUACUUGUACAACUACAAAAGCAACUUUGACAAUCUCGAAAAAGAAAUUGGAAAGCUGAAGGAUGCAAGAGACGAGGUGAAGGAUAAGGUUGUUGCGGCUGAAAACAACGUGGAAAAGAUCAAACAGCAGGUUAAAGACUGGCAGAGGAAAGUGGAUUCCAUCAUUGAUGAAGCAGAGCAGUUGAUUCAGGAGAAAACAAACAGCCGAUGUUUCAACUUGAUCACCUGUUACAAAAAUAGCAGGAAAGCAUCGAAAAAGGUGGAGGCUGUAACUGAAUUCCUGCAGGAAAAAGAAACAUUCAGUGAAGUUUCCCUACCUACCACUCGUGAAGACAUUCGGCUUAGGCUUACGAACAAAGAUUACGAGGAAUUUGAAUCCAGACUCUCAACUUUGAAUGGUGUGUUGAACGCUGUAGAAGAUGCUGAGGCGGGCAUUAUUGGGGUUUACGGAAUGGGUGGCAUUGGCAAAACCACGCUGGUCAAAGAAGUUGGUCAGCAAGCCAAGAAAAAACAGCUCUUGGAUGAGGUGAUUUUCGUAGAGGUAUCUGACAAACCAGACACUAAAAAGAUUCAAGAUGAACUAGCAAAUCAGUUAAGUCUGAAAUUUGAGACGGAGGCAGAAAGAGCAAGCAAGUUGUAUGCAAGAUUGAAGACAGAUAAGAAAAUCCUUGUAAUUUUAGAUAAAAUCUGGGAAGAAUUAAAUUUGGAGGCUCUCGCAAUUCCUUGUGGAAAUGAUCGUGGGGGAUGUAAAGUAUUGUUGACAGCAAGAGACCUUAAUGUGUUACAGAGUAUGGAUUCUGUAAAGAAUUUCCAGGUGGGUUUUUUAACUGAAGAAGAAGCUUGGAGCCUGUUUAAAAAGAUGGCGGUUGAUGUUGUUGAUCAAACAAUUAUUAAGCGGGAUUAUCUGCCAAAUGACGUAUGUAAGGAAUGCAGAGGCUUGCCGAUCGUCAUUACUACAAUAGCAAGAGCGUUAAGGAACAAGAGACUUCGAUCUCAAUGGAAGGAUGCGUUACGGGAAUUGAAGAUGCCUUCCCCAACAAAGUUUGCAGGGAUACUGGAAAAGGACUACUCAAAGAUAGCAUUGAGUUACAGUGAUGAACUCAAGAGAACUUUUUUUGUUUGUAGUCUAAUGGUAAACAAUACUACCAUUUCAGACUUGUUCAAAUACAUUAUGGGCUUGGAUAUUCUUGAAGGAGUUAUUCUUACAAUGGAACAAGCCCGAGAUAGACUAGAAAGUCUUGUUUGUGAACUCAAGGACUCAAAUAUGCGGCAACGCGUCGGGGUACGUGGCGUUGUUAGACCAGAGGUCGCCAAGUGCUGCUAG